AUGGCGGGGGGUGUUGGGCAUGGCGCGGAGCGGGCGGGCCUUGCCCGGGAGGGCGGUCGCCAGGGUGCUCUGGCGGGCGCCGGCGAGGAUGGAGAUGAGGAGGCGGCCCGUGAGGUCGAGGUUGGCGGCCUGGGCCUCGGCGGCGACCUCGGGGAGCAUCUGCGGCUUGAUGCCGAGGAGGACGCCGGUGAGGGUGUCCUGAUCUUUCGCGAGUUCGGCGACGGAGGCUCGCGUCUGGACGCCCAGGGGCUCCCACUGGUCUCGGCGCUGCUGGGAGCGGGUGACGACGAUCCAGUGGGCGGCGGGGAUGGGCGGUUCGGGGGCGUUGAGGCAGCCGCUGACGAUGGCGGAGGCCAUGUUGCCGCCGCCGAUGACGGCGAAGACGAUACACGGGAGAGCGGCAUGGCGAUCCCCUACACGCUUGCCUUUGAGAAACCGGUGGUCGAGAUCGAGAAGAAGCUCAGCGCUCUGGGCGCGGGUGUCGAUCGCGCGGGGGACGACCCGGGUGAGACGAAGGGCGAGAUCGACGAGUUGCGGAAGCAGCACGCGAGGGCGCUGAAAAAGGCGUACAAGGCGCUGAGUCCGUGGGACACGGUCCGGGUGGCUCGCCAUCCGGAGCGGCCGCAGUUCCGGGACUACGUGAGCCUGAUCUGCAAGGACUUCGUGGAGCUGCACGGGGACCGGCGGUUCGGUGACGACCCGGCGAUCGUGACGGGGUUUGCGCGGAUCGAUUCGAUCAAGUGCCUGCUGGUGGGGCACCACAAGGGGCGUGACACGAACGAGAAGCUGGCGAGCCACUUCGGGUGCGCGCACCCGGAGGGGUACCGCAAGGCGCUGCUGAAGAUGAAGCUGGCGGAGAAGUUCGGGCUUCCGAUCGUGACGUUCGUGGAUACUCCUGGUGCGUACCCCGGUCUGGGUGCGGAGCAGCGGGGUCAGGCGGAGGCGAUCGCGGUGAACCUGCGGGAGAUGGCGCGGAUCGAGACGCCGAUUAUCUCGCUUGUCAUCGGCGAAGGCGGCUCGGGUGGCGCGCUGGGGAUCGCGGUGGCGGACCGGGUGGCGAUGCUGGAGCACGCGUGGUACUCGGUGAUCUCGCCCGAGGGAUGCGCGGCGAUCCUGUGGAAGGAAGCGAACGAGCAGACGAACACGGAGGCGGCGCGGGCGUUGUGCCUGACGGCGAGCGACAACCUGCGUCUCGGGAUCAUCGACGACGUGGUGAAGGAGCCCGUGGGCGGGGCGCACCGUGACCCGAAGGCGACGGCGGAGGCGGUGAAGAAGUGGAUCGUGGAGACGCUGACGCCGAUGAAGCGGCUGAAGCGGUCGAACCUCCCGUCACGUCGGUACAAGCGAUUCCGGGGUCUGGGGACGUACACGGAGGCGCCGGCCGAGGCUGUGGAAAGCGGCCCGGACGGGGGCGGGCUGAAUCCGAGGCGCGCCGGUCUGGACGCGGGCCAACGCUUUGAAGAGGAGCGUUUCGGUGGCCAAGAAGACGCCACCACGACGAAGAAGACCGUGCGCAAGAAGGCGCCGGCGAAGAAGCCGACGUCGAAGAAGGCCACGACCAAGAAGGCGCCCGCGAAGAAGGCGACCACCAAGAAGUCCGCCGCUUCCAAGAAGGCCACGACGAAGAAGGCGACCACCAAGAAAACGGCUUCGAAGAAGGCCACCACGAAGAAGUCGUCCGCGUCGAAGAAGAGCGGCUCGGCGAAGUCCAGGUCGUCCGGGGCGUCCAAGGAAGCGAAGACCUCGCGGUACAAGAAGCUGACGAAGAGCCCGUUCAACAAGAAGCAGCUCGACGAGUUCCGGGAGAUCCUGCAGGCGAAGCGAGCGCUGAUCGUGGGUGAUGUCUCCUCCAUGGAGAUGGAAGCGCUGACCGGUGGCGGGAGCGGGUCUCUGAGCCACCUGCCGCAGCACAUGGCGGACCAGGGGAGCGACACGUUCGACCAGUCGCUGAACCUGGACCUCGCGGCGUCGCAGCGGAAGCUGCUCAAGGAAAUCGACGACGCGCUGGCGCGGAUCGAGAACGGGACGUACGGGGUGUGCGAGAUGCUGGGCAAGCAGAUCAAGAUCGAGCGUCUGCGUCACACGCCGUGGGCGCGGUACAGCAUCGACGCGGCCCGCGCGCGCGAUGUGCCCGUGCACCCGGCGUGGCGGAGCGGGCGGGCGUGGGCGGUUCUCCUUGUGGUGGUUGUCGCGGCGCUGUUCGCGGAUCUGGCGAGCAAGUCGUGGGCGUUCGCGAACCUGAGUCACGCGCCGGUGGUGAUCGACCGGGCGGAGGUUCUCGAGACGCCGCCGGACGAGCUGAUGCGCCUGCUCGGGGUGCACGCGCGGGCGGAGCGGGUGGUGAUCCCGAGCGUGCUCGAGUUCCGGCUCGUGCUCAACUCGGGGGCGAUCUUCGGGGCGGGGCAGGGGAUGCGCGGCUUGUUCAUCGGGUUCACGGCGCUCGCGCUGGCGUUCGCGGUGUGGCUCUUCGCGACGCGGACGUCGCGGAAGGACUGGCUCGCGCACGGCGCGAUCGGGCUUGUCGUCGCGGGCGGGCUCGGGAACCUGUACGACCGGCUCGUCUACGGGUGCGUGCGGGAUUUCAUCCACCCGCUGCCGGGCGUGACGUUUCCGGGGUCGGCUCGCGAGGUGUGGCCCUACGUGAGCAACGUGGCUGACGCGUUUUUGAUCGUGGGGAUCGCGGUGCUGAUGGUGAAGCUCUGGCGCCACCCCCCGGCCCCGGAAGGGAAUGCUGGGGGAGCGGACGGCGAAUGA